AUGAAAAGAGGCAGUAUAUUUUUUUUACUUUCAACAUUUUUUAUUUUUAAUUAUGCUCAAUCAAGUGACAUACCUUUAAAUGACUUAUCAGAAAGUGAAGAAAAUGGACAAGAUAAUCGUUUAGAAACUACAGAUUUAGACCAAACUGAUGAAAAUGAAAAUCAUGAUUUAUUCGAACAUCACGAGAUCUUUAACAUCUUAAGAGAAAAUAAUGAAGAAAUUAAGGAUUCAAAUCAACCAGACGAAGUAAAUGAUGAAAGCCCUUCAGAUGAAGUUAUGGAUGCAAAUAGACAUAAUAAUGACUAUAAUAAAAUCCAAUCAAAUAUAGAAAAAUAUACAAAGUUUGAUAAUAUUGAUACAGAAACUUUACAAGAAAGUAUAAAUAAUAUGAUGAACACAGACGGUAUGUCUGAUUUAAUGAAAUUUUAUUUUGAAAAUAGAGACAACAAUAUAGAUAGUAAACAAUUGAUUGAACAAUUACAAAAACUUAAUAAUAAUAAAGAACUAUUAAAAUCUAUCAAACAAUUCUUAAUUGAUAAUUAUAAUGUAAUUAAACAUCACAAUCUUUUAAGCGAGACACAAUCGUUAAAAAAUUUUGAAUCCUUAUCUGAACAAUCAUUGAAAAUCAUAGAUAAAAUGAUUAAUGGUGAAUUUAAUAAAGAUGCAGAAUAG